AUGAGGCGGAUAGUUCAGGUGUAUAACGCAUACGCCAUGGUCAUCGGGAUGACGUCAUACGUGACAAUCGGUGGGAAGUUCAGGGAAACGAGGAUUAGUCAGAUUUAUGCGGUGGUCAUGAAUGCCAUUGCCUUGACCUUCCUGCCGAUGGGUUUCUGGAGAUCGGCCCAUUUGAUGACGAUGGCCGAAUGGCUGCCCUCCUACAUGUGGAUAAUUCCAUACGUCCUAUAUUCGAUUAACUAUGCUGUAAUAGCAUACACCCUGCUUUCAAGAUGCUUCAGGGAUGCCAUGUUGCUGGAUCUACAGAUCAUAAUAGUCCAAGUAAAUCGGGAAAUGUCCCGAACGGGAAAAGAAAUGAAUUCAAAACUGCGUCGAAUGUUUGCUCUGAAAACCUUUACUUUGAGCUACCUAUGCAUUUCCUACAUACUCGUAGUAAGCGUUUACCAAUGGAGAAUGCCAUGGUCUUACAUUUUAUACGGCCAACUAGUCAACACUUUCCUAACCAUCCAAAUUGUCAGCACAUACUUUUACUUUGUUUCCUUUUGGCAAAUUGCCAGAGGUUACGACUUUGUCAACCAGCAUAUGGAGGAUAUUAUCUCAGAUACAUCCAUGGACUCCAAAGAUCAGGUAGAGGAACUCCGUAGCCUGUGGGCUCUGCAUGCAAGCCUAAGUCGGACUGCCCGAAGGAUAAACCGGCAUUACGGGCCCCAAAUGCUGGCCACCCGUUUCGACUACUUCAUGUUCUCCAUCAUCAACGGAUACAUGGGGACGAUCUAUUCGAAAUAUGACCAUUCUGCUUCGGUGGAAAAGAUUUACGGAGCUCUUAUCUAUUGGAUACGAAGUGUAGACUUUUUUCUAAACGACUAUAUGUGCGAUGUGCUUACCGAAUAUCAAAGACAGACAAAGUGCUAUAUCACCGAAGGCGAAAUGUCCAAAGAGCUGAGUUCUUUCCUGAUCUAUAACAACAGCAUGCGACUGGAUCUGAUGGUUUGUGGACUCUAUCCGGCAAAUAGAAACAAAUGGCUGCAAAUGGUGGGCUCUAUUAUAGUCCACUCCAUAAUGUUGAUCCAGUUUCAACUGGUGAUGAGCACGAAAUAG